AUGGUUUCCUGGAGCGAGGGGUCAAGCUCUUCUUCUUCGGACGACGAGUCAGUGACUAGCCAGCUUCCUAGGACUAUCCCAUGCUAUGAAUGGAGUGGCAUUGCUCGUGAGCUCUCCUCUCGCUGUCUGCAUCGCGAGCCUUGCCUCAGGCUAGUAGCAUUUGAAUCUACGAACACUGGCCGACGUUUUCUUGCUUGCGCUGAGGAGAAGGCUGAACUAAAGUGCAACUAUCUGGAGUGGAUAGACCCUGAGUGGUCAGUGGCUAUGCAGUUCCGCCUAACUGAAUUGUGGGGCAUGUAUGACAAAGAAAUCAAUGACAGGGUGAGAGACAAUGUUCAGCUUGGUGAUCAAAAUUACAAAUUAGUUGGAGAAAAGAGGAAGAUGAAAGAAGAGCUGAGAUUUUUCAAACUUGAUUUUGCAAAAAUGGUGGCUGACAAGGAGGAUGCUAUUACUGAGCUGGGCAAUACUAGGUUGGCUCUCAAUGAUCUGAAAGAGGAGAUGGAGAAGAAGAAGCUGGCAGACCAUGGUUGCACAAACCUACAUCACUUACUCAGGGCAAAGGCAGAGAAGGAGAGGGACAAGCUUGUGGUAGAGAGAGACCAACUAAAGGAAGAGAAGAAAAAGCUAGAGUACAUCAUCUCUGAUUUGCUGAAACAGAAGCAUGGCUACAAGGACAAGAUCAAGAAGUUGAAGGAGAUCUGUGAUGAAUUUUAA